CAACGCUGGGGAACGGGGCCUGCGAGCAGAUCUCUGCCUUUGGGAAUACGUUAAUUCGCUGUUAGAGGCAGCACACCCACAGAAAUCCGCGCUGCUUUCGAAAUGAAAGCGGGCAAGCAGGCUGCCCUCGGUGAGGACGGCAGGAGCUGCUCGCCGUGCACAGGCCGGGAGCAGCCCGGCUGGCCCGUUCCUGACAGCCGGGCUGAAGGAGCAGCCUGGCCACCAGCAGGUGCCUCGGGAGGAGCCCAAGGCCCGUGAGGAACCACUGCUCCUCGUGGUUUGUGGGUCAGGUCUGGAAUCUGGAGAUACUGGUGCAUUUCUCUAUGUGUUUACAAUCUAUAAUUAAUGGCCAGUCAGAAUCAUGUAAAUGUGUUGUGUCCGUGAUGUCCUGCAGCAGAGUGUCCAAAAUAUGUGUUCUUCCAUUGGUUUGGACCUGCCACCUGCUUCAGGCUCCUGUCCUGCGGCAGAGAGGAGCUUGUCCGUACUCACCUGCUCUCACAAACCCUCCUCUUGUGCUCUUGCCGAUCAGAACAUACAAAAGAGAAGUGUCACAUUGAUACAUCAUUAGUGGUUUGUUAAAUACAUUUCUUAUGAAGAAUAUAAAUAAAUGCAUGGAGGUUUGUGGACUUUUUGAUGUAUAUAUGUUAGGGGAAUGGAGAUAGAAUGGAUGCAGCAUGCUUCAGAAUAAUUGUCAAUUAAAUGGGCUUACCUCUGUUGCUCAGUUUUACUUAUGUAUGUGUGGGAGGGGAGAAUUACUGCUGAACUUGAACAAGUGAAUCCUGCCUUUUUUGUAAAAGUUACUUUUGAAGCCAUUUCAGGAUGAGCUACAGGAAGCAAUUUCUGAUUAUGCAACAAGAAAGGAAAAAGUUGAAUAUUCCGACGAUUUUGAAAGUGAUGAAGAUGGCAUGUUAAAUGAUGUUGGGAAAGAAGUUGCUGAAAGUAAUUCAGGUUCUGCAAGCACUGAGAGAUCUCUUGCUGGGAGUCCUCUCUUGAAUGAUGAUGCUUCACAAAACAUGGUAGAUCUGGAAAAUGAAGCUGCUGAUGACUUGAAUUUAUCCUUUCAUGAAAAGAGGCUUCAGCAGAUAAUGGUUUUAGAAGGUGAAAGCAUACAGAAUGACAGAAAACAUGAUGAAGAAGGAUGUGUGGAAGAUCAAAAUGAGGAUAAUGACAGAAAAAAUAAUGAAGUACUGCAUGAUAAUAGUGAAAGUAAUGACUUGCCUAUUAAUGAGCUACAUAAAAAGAGAAAUCAAGAGGAAAACCAACUAAAAGCAAAGCCUCGGAUGCACAAAAAAGGAAAUGGUUCAGCAUCAGAUCAAGAUCAGAAGAAGACUGCCAGCACCAGUGAGUUGAAACUGGAGGACAAUGGUAGGCAAUCCCCUUCUGUUGACAGUUCAGAUGGAAUGAUGAAAAUAGCAGAAGGGCAAAUAAUAACUGAUACAAUGCAGAAGGUAUCAGUGAAUGAUAAAUCUGAGCAUGGAGAGGCAAAGAACACAUCCAAGAGCUCUGUCAAGAAACUAAAUGAAACAAAGGAGAGAGUUCUAGAAAACCCAAAGGCUUCUUUAUCUGACAGGUCUACAACUUCUGCGCAUUUAAAGAGAAAGGGGAAAGCUGUUCCAUCAACUUCACCUGUUUCAUCUCAGUAUCUGGGAUCAUUAAAAGUGUUGGAGGAUAAACGCAUGCAGAUGAAAAGCAUGCAGAUGAAAAGUCCAGAAUUCAACAAAGUAGAUAAUUUAAGGGCAGCUGUUUAUCAGAACUGGUUGGAAAAGAAAAAUCUCCUUCUACUGGAAUUAAAGAGGAGUGAAAAGGAAAAAGCUGAAAUUCUUAGGAACGAUACUGAAAAGAAAGAAGCACUUAAAAGAGAAGAAUCAAUUGCAUGUUAUGAGGCCUGGAAAAAAAAGAAAGAGCAAGAAGCAAAGAAGUUAAGUGAAAAAAAAAAGCUUGCGGAACUUGAGGAAAAGAAACCAGAACAGACUAAGGAAAAAACAGAAGCAGCACAAGCGGCAUUCAAAAAAUGGCAAGAAAGAAAAGUGGAAUAUUUAAGAGAGCAAAGCAGGAAGGAAAAACAGUCUGAAAGAAUGAGGAAGAAGAUAGAAGAGGACCUAGUUGCAGAGAAGAGGAAAGUCAGUGUAUCAGCGGUUGAAAAAUGGAAUAAAAAGAAGGAAGAAUAUAUAAAAAAGAAGAAAGUAGAAAAAUUCCUGGAGAAAAGAAAGCGAGCAAUGCAACAGGCAAAGAAGGAAGAAAAAAGAGAAAAGGCUGUGGAGGAAUAUGAAAGAUGGCUGGAAAACAAAAUGAGGAGAGAACAACUUGAGAAGAACCGAAAAAAGUUGCAGGCUGUCCAUGGGAAUGAAAUGAGUCCUCCCUGGAGGCCACCUGGGAAAGUCACAUAUUCUAGUAAUUACUGAGCAAUUUAUUGCCUUCCAGAAGAACAGAUAGUCUACAAAGUUCUGUCAAUAGCCAGUAACUCUUUUGUUAUCAUCUGAUUUUCACUGCAUCCAUUAUAGGUGUUGAAUUCUUUCUUUUUAGUUUAUUUGAUCUCUGCAGUUUAAAUAAACCUGUUACUCGUUUGCAUUGCUUUAGAAAAUAUAACAAUUUUUCUAAUUCCACAUUUAAAUUAGUUUUGCUAAAUUCUAUGCUAUGUCUUACCAUUUUGGUGAAAAUUUAUAUCCAGAAUACAUAAAUCUGGACUCUGGUGGUUUUUUUCUCCCAAUAAGUAGCAGAAUGUUGUUUUUUUUAAGUUAUGAGACCACACUCUUUGAGGAGUUAAUUCUUGAAGAAGCUGAAAAGAUGCCCAUCCAGAGCAGCUUCAGUGGCCCACAUAAGAGCACGUAAGAGGUAGAGUAAAAUUACAGACAGCAGCAGGAGAGAUGAGGAACUGCAGCCCCAGCAGAAUGAAACAUUGCCAAUUCAAAACUGGUACACCUGGGUUUUAUGAGAAAAUACUGAAUUUCUUACUGUAGGCCUUCAGAUUGGGGUGGUGGUGUGCAUCAUUGGUGCUCUGGGCUUUUAGUAUCUGGAGCCUUGAGUUUGGGUUUAGUCUGUUAAGAAACUCCAGCUAUAAUAUCACAGGAAGAUGAAAUUUGUAGCAGGCACCAGAGUUUAUUGUACAGCAGACCUGGAGAGUCUGGGACAAGGCAGCCUAUGAGAAAGGGAUCAUCUGGAUCUUUAUUUUUCCAGUAUCCAGCUAGAGAAAACAAGGAAGGUCCCUAUGCUGACAGGCUGUACUUGAGGGAUAGAAAUGAAAAGUGUGGUAGAAUUAAUGGCAGAGAUCAAAAAGAGUGUGUAAGGUGCCUGUUCCUUAACUGAAUGCUGCAUCCUUACUGAUGUUAAGUCUUUCUGUAACAGGUUAGAAGGUUUUGACAGAAGAUGGAAGUGAGAAGAUGUUGGUGACAUCUUUCAGAGGAGUGAGCGUCGUUCAGAGCUCAUGAGGAGUAGUUCACAAAUUCACAACUUCUCAAUUAGAAAAGAUGCUGAAGUCUGUAGACAAGGGAAAAGAGUUGAUGUAUUUGACUUUUAUAAUAAAAUUUAUUAAUUUUA